UUUUCGCCUCUUGGUGCGUACAGUUGCGGUGGGCAGCGGCGGGCUCCAAUCCGAUAUAUUUUCAUUCAGUUCAGUUCAGUUCAAUUCGAAUUUGUUUUGAUUUCGCUUUUGCUGCUCUCCGUUCUUUUCGGUCCACUCCGCUUUCCCCGCCAUCGAAGCGAUCCGACUUUCGUUUUUUGUGGCCAUCGGGUUGCGCAUGAGGCCGAGGAGAAUAUGUCCGUAGCACCUGGAGUGGUGCCUUCGCCCGGUCCUCUCGCAGCUCGAGCAUGUCCAUCUAGCCAGGCCACCAGGCAACAGCCAUGCCAGUGCAACCAGUCCAGCCAGUCCAGCCAGUCCGUCCCGUGAGCACCUACGACAACUUGGGCGUCUCCCAGCCGCGCACUCUUUUGGUCGCCGGAAUGAGUGACCCGGAGUUUGCGGAGCCGGAUCCCAGUGGCGGAGGCAGUGGCGGUGGCAGUGGCGGUGCCACCAGCCACAGCAUCGCCGCUGUGAAGGCGGCUCUGAAUGACGCCAAGUCCAAGUUCUUCGGGAUCAACAACUAUGAGUCACCGACGCCGGCGGUCAGCAGGGGUGCCCAAGUGGCGGAACCAAAGUACCAGAAUGUGCCGCAGCGAGACGAGCAUCCGGCAGUGGCGACUCCAGAGCCCUCGCCCCCAUCGGCUCCCUCCGGAGAUCUUGGCCAGAGCAGGGCGCUGCGCUAUGCGGCCACCUACGAGCAGAUUCCCCUCGGCGACCUGGAAACUCCGCAAUCGCAGGCCGUUUACAUGAGCACCACAGUUCCGCAAAACAUGAAAGGCAUGAAGAUCGCCGGACGACACACGCCGACCCGGAACAGCCUGCGCCACAGCCGGAUGAUCGUUGUCAAUCACAAGAACCACGACAGUCUUCAAGCGACCUACAUACGGAAUCUAAACAUUUCGCGACAGCUCCUAAUUAUGCAAUUAGCUGUCGGCCUGCUGGUCGUUGCUCUCGCCGCUUGGAUACUAAUUCUUGCGCCGAACGCAUCAAUAUUAAUCAAUCCGUAUCUGAGUGGUCUGUCGCUCCUGUUGGCCAGUGUCGCGGGUCUCAUUCUGCUGCGGAAGGAGCACAAAUCGGACCACAGACCCCCAAACAGCUGCUACAAGGUCCUGCUGGCCGAGUCGUACGUGUUCACCGCCUUGGCGUUGAUCUUCUGCUGCCUGGCUCUGGUCUGCGCGGCGAUCGAGUUCGCGGAGCUGGCCUCAUCGGCGGACGGGGAGUGCGGACCGACGUCCAGCUCGCUCCUGAGCUACCACAACUGCACCUGCUUCCUGGCGGGCGAGGAUGGAUCGUCCUCCGAAGCCCCAGCAGCUACACUUACACCUGUCCAGGAGCCAUCGCAGAGCGACGGAUGCGGAGAGCUUCGGACCGAGUGGAAGUAUCUGCUGGCCUUCUCGAUGGCCCUCAACACGCUGGGCAUUGUCUCAACAUUCUUAUACAUAACGCUCUUUAUUUGUUGCCACCGCAACAGGGAACAUUUUUACACGUCUGUUUAGGGGAGUUUUCAGCUAGGCUAUUACUUUAAUUUUUAAUAUUACUUAAAUUAUUUUGGUAACCGAUAACAAAAUUAAAAUAAAUCAUUCACUUAUGAUACCACUA